CUGCUCAUUGGUCGCAAAGGAGGAAGAUGCGAAGCUGUAGAGAAUCGACUGGGGCUUUAAAACGAUGUUGUUGGCGUGAUUAAAUUAUGUGGAUGUGCGAAAUAUCUGUGUACUGUCGAACGUUUGGAAAACCCUAAGUGUUAAAGUAUCUUUGUUUUGUGCUGUCGUAAUUUUUUGGGAUGGUAGGAGGUGAUGGCGGCCCCUUUGUGCUGCUUUGGAGGUGAAGUCCCUGCUGUGGAAAUGUAGCUUGUUAGCACGUCGAGACAGCCCUCAGUCAAGGUAGUGCUGCUUGAAUGAUGCACACGCGAUGUCUGAUGUUGAGGCCACAUACGCAGACUUUAUUGCCUCCGGCAGGACGGGACGAAGAAAUGCUUUACAUGAUAUCCUGCAGAGUCCAACUGACCCAGAAGGACGAGAACUGCCCCUCACUCUGUCUCUAUCCCAGCUCCACAUCAACACUGGAGGGGGAGAUGGAGAUGACCCGGAGGACAGCCAGAGCUCCUCCUCCGCAGCCCAGCGGGAGGCGGAGCAGAGGAACAGCUAACCUUCUGCACACUCCUUUUGGGAGCCAGAGGGUUUCAGGAUUGACUCCAGCUGUGAAUCCAUUUCUUCAGAGUGGGCUGGAGUACGGAGGUUAGCCGGUGAUGUGUUGCUCACGUCCCACCGUUGCUGUAGUGCCUAUGAACAAGGCACUGACCCCUUAAUUCCACGGUACAGGCACAGUGACGUACUCACCCAGUAACCUCGUCCCAGCUGCGGCUCUGCUGUGCGCUGGAAUAACAGACUGGCUGCUAGUGUGUAUUUCAGAUAAGCGGAGAGACAAAUUAUUUGUUCAUGUAACUGUAGAGUCAUGGUGACUGUAAUUUCAAUGCUGGCUGAAGGAGAGGAUUAAAAAAAAGGAAAACAAAGGUAACACCUACCACUUAUCCUAUGUAAAUGAGUUGUGUAGUAGUGCAAGCAGCUUGUAGGACUGCUGAAACGUCCUGAUAUACCCGGUCGCAGUGGGAGUAGCAUGUGUGUAGAGGUAGUGGCUCAGAGAUUAUCUUGCCAGUGAAUGGCUCGUGCUUCCUUUAAGUUGACACUACUGUUGAGAAUUGGGCUUCUUAGCUGUCGUAGGUCUGGUGGGGAAAUGCGGGCGGGCGGAGACACUACGUAUAUACUUCAUUAGUUGUAUUUACUGAUGCUGUUGAUGUGUUUUCUGAGAGAAAAACAAGUUACAUGUUGUUGAAACUGACCUAUAAAUAAGCAGAAUGUAGGAAUGAACCCUAGAACAUAUUUAUGGGUAUCGAGGGCACAAUUCUAGAAUAACAACCUUUAUUUUUUUUUUUUUUCCCUAGUAGCUGAUAUUUUUGUGUCUGCCAUGACAGUGCACUGCCCCAUGAUCAUCGUUGUUAAAUGCCACCAUACAUGCAUGCAUAACUUUAACACGGUGCUUUCUCCUCCAUCUUGGCUCUCAUCGAUGUCUUCAUAAGGCAAAUAACUUUUUUUAAUCGAAGUUACAUAAUCCAGUUUUCAGAAAUGUUAACUGCCACGUGACUGUUGUGCUUUCCCAACCCAUCUGUUCAUUAUCCAGCAUGAAGAAGUGUGAUGGGCGCAUGAAUUGCUUAAUAUACAGGUGUGUGUGUUUUGUCUGUCUAUAAAUGUUUUCUACUGUCACACUAGUCAAAGUAGAAUAAAUAAAUGAUGACAAUAAAAUAGCCACUUCCUUCUUUUCUGGUGAAAUUAUUGUAUGAUUUUAAAAAUGUACCUAAAUGAGUGUACAGCUCAUUUCACAGGAGUGUUGUCUGUCUCCUGGCUCAG